AUGAAGACCGCCAUCAUCGCAUCCCUUAUCGCCUCUGCCGCUGCCUUUGCCCCCGCAAAGAACGCCGCCAAGACUUCGGUCGCCACCAACAUGGCCUUCGAAGACGAACUUGGUGCCCAAGCUCCUCUUGGAUUCUUUGACCCCCUUGGUAUGGUUGCUGAUGGAGACCAAGAAAAGUUCGACCGCCUUCGUUAUGUUGAGAUCAAGCACGGACGUAUCUGUAUGCUUGGAGUUGUUGGAUACCUUCUCAACGCCGCCGGAGUCUACCUUCCAGGAGACAUUGACUACUCUGGAACCAAGUUCUCCGACCUCGGAUACGGAUGGGAUGCUUCCUUCGCCGUCCCUGUGGCCGGUGCCCUCCAAGUCUUGGCCUUCGUUGGUCUUUUGGAGCUUGCUGUCAUGAAGGACAUUGAAGGAACUGGAAAUGAACACGUUGGUGAUUUCCGUAAUGGAGCCCUUGACUUCGGCUGGGACUCUUUCGAUGAGGAGACCAAGCUCACCAAGCGUGCUCUUGAAAUCAACCAAGGACGUGCCGCCCAAAUGGGUUUGUUGGGACUCAUGGUCCACGACAAGCUUGGAAAUGUUGAGAACUUCUUCCCCAACUAA